AUAUUGUAUAUAUAAAUUUUCACAAAAAGAAAAAAAAUUAAAAUUAAGAAAUAGGCUAGCUGUGAAAAUACUGUGAAUUUGGAAAGCACGCGGACGAGGGAAGAGAUGUACAAUGGUGGAAUCUGACCUAAUUCAGAGAAUCUCCAGAAUUUGAAUUGGGGUUUUUUUUUUUUUUUUUUUGGAAUUGGAAGACAUUGAUGGAGGGAGCAAUUCAUCUCAAUCUCGCAUUUGCAUUCAAUGAAUUUUGAUUUUCUGUUGAAAUUUCUCACACUUUUUGUUGGGUUGGGAGGUGUGAUUUGUGGGUUUGGAUCAAAGGUUGGGUUUUGGAUUUGGAUUUGGGGGAGUUUUCAGACUUCUGGGUUUUGAUUUGGUUUUCGUCUGUAAUCGUUUUCAUACUUUUUGUUUAGUUUUUUCCACGGAUGAUGUUGGGUUUUCGCGAUUGAAUUGCGUGUUGGCUUAGAUCAAAUGUUUGUUUUCCCUUUUUCAGAAAAUUUGGCUAGUGGUUCUGCUUUUAUGGAUUGAUUUGUACCAGUUUUGGAAAAGAAUUGUGGGUUUGGUAAAGGAGGAGAGAUUGAUUGGGGGAGUUGUUGAGGCGUUCUCCAAUUGGGGUCUGCAGAAAAACUUGUGGGGUUUGUGAAUGUGAGGGUUUUCUUUGGAGAUGAAAGGCGAAGCGGUGUGUGCAGAAGUACAAUGACUGGAGGGUUGUUGGGUUUACGUAGUGGAAGUUAUGGGUCUCUGCAACAUCUUCAAAAUGGUGCGUUUCACCCUCAGCCUCAAUUUGUUGGGCGCAAACCUUCAAAGAUGUUACCUUCUGGUUCUAGGGAAAAGGAAAGGCUUCUUCCCUAUCUUUUCAGAUUUUUGAGUCGCAGAAGGGUUGGAAUGCUUAUUUUGGUUGGCUUUGCCUUUUUGGUAUUCUUAUCAGGUUUCUCAACUGUCAGUAAAGGUUUGUUUCUGUAUCAUUUGCUUAUUUUUCUUUCCAUUUUUUCUCAGUUCUUUUGAUUGUCAAAUUCCAGUGUCUGAGGCCUUGCAUUAUCUCUGCCUAAUGGAUGUUUUUUUUAGAUGAUGCACCGGAAAGCAAUAGUGUGAGCAUUACCCAGCAUAUCCAUCACAUAAAUCCUUAUGACAAUGGGGAAUCUGAUCAAGAUCUCCCAUUUUUUUUGCCGAGGAUAGAAGUCAAGCAUAAGGAUAAUGUUGAUUAUAUACCAAGCACUGUGACAGAAAGUGGAGAAAAUAAUGCCCACCGUCCUCCCCUUCCUCCUAGCACUUCUGCUGUUGCAGCUGUUGUAGGGUAUACCCCUCCAUUGCACCAUCCAUGUGAAAAUUUUGCAUUUCCUCCACCUCCUCCACCAGAUAGGAAACGGAUUGGACCACGCCCAUGCCCAGUGUGUUACCUUCCAGUGGAGCAGGCUAUUGCUAGCAUCCCAAGCUCCUCAUCCCCAUCACCUCUGCUUAAACAGUUAAAUUAUGUUCAUGAGGAAAACCCAAUUAAAACUGAACCACAUGGAGGCUCUGAAUUUGGUGGAUAUCCUUCACUAAAACAGAGGAAUGAUUCCUUUGAUAUAAAAGAGUCAAUGACUGUGCAUUGUGGAUUUGUCACAGGAAGUAAGCCUGGUCAUCAUACUGGAUUUGAUAUUGAUGAAGCUGACCUUAAAGAGUUGGAGCAGCCUCAUGAAGUCAUUGUUGCAUCUGCUAUAUUUGGAAACUAUGACAUUAUACAACAGCCCAGGAAUGUUAGUGAAGCUGCCAGGAAAAAUGUCCCCUUUUAUAUGUUUAUUGAUGAAGAAACAGAAGCAUAUAUGAGGAAUUCUAGUGUCUUGGACAGCAGUAAGAGGGUUGGAUUAUGGAGGAUCAUUCUUGUACAUAACAUUCCAUACACUGAUGCAAGACGCAAUGGAAAGAUUCCAAAGCUUCUAUUGCACAGAAUCUUUCCCAAUGUCCGGUUUUCCAUAUGGAUUGAUGGAAAACUUCAGCUUCUUGUGGAUCCAUACCAAGUUCUUGAGAGGUUCUUAUGGCGUCAAAAUGCUAGUUUGGCAAUCUCAAGACAUUAUAGGCGCUUUGAUGUGUUUGAAGAAGCUGAAGCUAAUAAAGCUGCAGGGAAGUAUGAUAAUGUCUCCAUUGAUUACCAGAUUGAAUUUUACAAAAAUGAGGGUUUAACACCUUAUUCCGAGGCUAAGCUUCCUAUAACUAGCGAUGUUCCUGAAGGUUGCGUGAUUGUAAAGGAACAUAUCCCCAUUACAAAUCUUUUUACCUGUCUAUGGUUCAAUGAAGUUGAUCGCUUUACUUCCAGGGAUCAGUUAAGCUUUGCCAUAGUGAGGGACAAAAUAACGUCACAAGUCGAUUGGAACAUCAGCAUGUUUUUGGAUUGUGAAAGACGAAACUUUGUAUAUCAGGCAUACCAUAGAGAUUUACUGGAGCACAUGGCUCCCCCACCACCUGUGGUACAUCCACCACCUCGAGAUGUGGUGAUCCCAGGCAAUCGUCAAGGUGCGGUCAUCCCUGAAAAUGUGGCUGGAAGGACCCCUGCAAGGAAGAACCCCCCCAAACGUGGAAGAGGAGAGAGGAGAUCUGGUUCAAGGCGUCACCGCAAAGUUGGCCCUGGCUUUAGGGAUAACAAUUCAAUUUGAGUAUAUUAGGCAACACAAAAUAAUUUUUGGUCUUUAAUUUCAAAUUUAUUCUUGAUGGGUUAGGAGGAUUUGGGCAGAUGAGUGCAAGUUUGAUUGAAAAUAGAGAAAAGAUGGUCCAAAUUUUUGUUUGGAAAGUGUCAAUAUCUAUUCAUUUUUGUUGUAAAUACUAAAUACCUCAAUUCUGAAUAAGCUUCAUACGAGUUAGCUUCA